CAUUUGGGGAGGGAGGUCUGUAUUUGGGGAGAUGAUGCUACCAAAUCCCAUAGCUCACAACGCGUACCCGCAAGAUCUCCUCUAACUACUCCCUCUUGUCCUACUACGAACACUUCCUGCGUAAAUCCCAAUUCCCUUUUCUCGAUCCCUGAAAAUCCUUUUCUCGUUUGUUCCACCGUAUAAUCUCGAGAAUUGGGCUUAAAAAUCAAUCACCGGAAUACGAAAACAAUCAUGGGUUUGCAAUCAAACCCAAGAAAUAUAUGGAUUCUUCGUCCUAAUUUUACAUUCUUAGUCCUUUUACUUCUCAUCACUUCCCCUUUGAUCUCUGCUCAGGAAGCUGGGGAUGAAAAUGAAAGAGUGGAGUCAGGUGGACGGUUCAAAGAUCUGGGCAGGCGUAGUAAAAUUAUUGUUGAAAAACUUAAGACUGGUGUUAUUAGGGGUGACAAUGAUCCUGAUUUUGUUGAUGUUGCUCUGGACUUGGAUUCUGGUCUUGGGAUCUUUGAUGCCUUCUUUGCUAGUUUUUCCAUGAUCCUUGUCAGUGAGAUUGGUGAUGAGACAUUCAUAAUAGCAGCUCUGAUGGCAAUGCGUCACCCGAAGUCAAUUGUUUUGUCUGGUGCACUUAGUGCCUUGUUUGUUAUGACAAUACUGUCUACUGGACUUGGUAGAAUUGUGCCAAAUUUGAUAUCAAGGAAGCAUACAAACAGUGCAGCUACAGUUCUUUAUGCCUUUUUUGGGCUUCGGCUUCUCUAUAUUGCAUGGAGGUCGUCAGAUUCAAAAGCUUCCCAGAAAAAGGAAAUAGAGGAGGUUGAAGAAAAACUUGAAGCUGGACAGGGGAAAGCAGCAGUCAGACGUUUCUUUUCCAGAUUUUGUACGCCUAUAUAUUUGGAGUCCUUUAUCUUGACCUUUCUAGCAGAGUGGGGAGACCGUAGCCAGAUAGCAACAAUUGCUCUAGCUACACACAAAAAUGCAAUUGGAGUUGCUGUUGGGGCUGUAAUAGGACACACCAUAUGUACUUCAGUGGCAGUGGUGGGUGGAAGUAUGCUUGCGUCCAGGAUCUCACAGCGGACAGUAGCAACGGUUGGGGGCCUUCUUUUCCUUGGGUUUUCCUUGUCGUCAUAUUUCUAUCCACCUCUAUAAUUCCCACUUCUUAGUUUAAGCUAAUUCAUUAGGGAUGGGUUUGCCCGAAUUGUGGGCUUAAGAGGAAAAAUGAAUCGUUUCAACAGGUAUUUCACCUUAUUUUUGUGUAAAUGUAAACAUACUGAAUAUUCACAUGAAUCUGGAAAAAAUUGCUACAAUAGUGGCUGUAAUUUUUUUCCCUAUCUUUUAGAGAGGUGUGGAGCGAGAUAGCAGCGAUACAUAAGGAGUUAUCUUAUCAUCUCAAUAAUCUUAUUGUGUUAGGAUUGUUCUCUGAAAAGUAGACAUUUGGGAUUGAGGCAUCGGAUUAAUUGAAAUGUUCUUUAGCAAAA